GGAGCAAAUUGAUCGCAUCAUUUUGUCAAGAUUUCCAACUUAUUUUUUCUUUGAAAAUGAGUUGACUUCAGUUGUUGUUGCCUCUGAUGAAAUCCUACACUCAUUUUUGAUUAACGGCAACCACCACAACUUAAGUUUGACCCACAAACAAACUUUGAACGUAAAGUCAACUCGGAACAGUCCCAAAAGGAACAUUCUAUAGACUGCAGCAGAUAUGCUGUCGUACUUUAUCCUGAUUCUGUGCAUGGUGCUGCACGUUGAGGCACUAUCCUGUGGGCCUUGUGAGCCAGAAACCUGCCCGACUAUCUCCUGCAGUGGAUCACAGAUACCUGGCCCAUGUGGCUGCUGUACGGUCUGUGCUAAACAAUUAGGAGAAUCAUGCGGUGGUCAAUACGACCUGGCUGGACGAUGUGACGAGGGACUUAUGUGUUCGGUCAGUCUGGAAUUUGGAGAAGCUGUACCGCAGCAAGCAGUUGGCAUUUGUCAAGAGAGGCACCCACAAGAAUAUCUGGGAUCUGGCUCGGGGGUGGAGCGCCUGGGCAUGCAGUGUGACGGUCUCCAUGCUGGCUGCAACAUCAGGAACGGGUUGUGCCUUUGUGACAGUGAUGUGCCAGGAUGCCAGAAUCCAUUUGAGUACAAGAGCCAAGAAGAAUGUGGAAAAGCCCUGGAGAGAGGGGCAACAGGAGUGGGUCAGUUCCAAAGCUCCUUUGUUCCAAUAUUCACAGAGAACACAUCAGACAUUCCCACACCAUAA